AAGGAAUCUCAUAUUGCCAAGCCCGGCGGCCCGCACCCUGCCAAGACUCGAGAGUCAAGACACCGCCGCCGCCCCUCCUCGCCGGCGCUCCACCGGCUCGCCGCCAUGGCCCCAGCCAAGUGGCUGAUGCACUGGCACCCGAACCCUGGAGUGACGCUCAAUACCCAGAUCCUGUCGGAGGCCUGCGGCUGCGCGGAAUCCCUCGGCGGCACCAAGGACGGCCGCUGGAAGACCUCCAUCAUCUUCUACCGCCCGAUGACGCGAGACGGCGCGGGCGGGGCGCAGCAGAACCAGCUCGCCGAUGUGCCCCGCGAGCUCCUCGGAGUCGCGCUCCACGAGCGCCCCGGGCUCUACUUCUCCAUCCUCCGGAACCAGCGCCUCGUCCUGCAGGCGGACGCUGCCUUCUCCCAGGUCAUGGAGAAGCUCCAGUCCUUCAAGGCCCGCGUCAACCUCAACUUCGAGGGAUUCCAGUAUCAACUCGGUGAUUUUUGCUUGAGGAUUGGAAAAUGUGUUCCUAACAAUACUGAAACACUGAGAGGAAUCAUGAUGGAGGUAGAGUAUUACCCCCUAUCUUCCAUCGAAAAGUCCAGGGCCAUUAUGGUAGACUUCUUUGACAUAUGGCAGGAAACGCUUGCAAAGAAGUCGCUGCCUGGUCGAUUCAUCCAUGUGGAAUCUAAUUUCUCAGAGUAUGGUCUUUCGGAUCACUACUCUUUCCAGCACACCGCAGUUCAGUACGCUACGUGCUUGCAGCAACUCAUGGCAGCUGUGAGGGCCUAAGAUCCGCGGAUGGAACUUUGAGAAUAUCAUGAUGUUUAACUUGUUCCCAAGAUCCUGAUAACAUCGACAUAGGGCAGGACAUGCAUCUUAUCUGCUGAAAUGUAAUCAGUUUGUAUGUUGUUCGCGGCUAAGUAUCCCUUCCUCUACCAUGUUUCAGAUGUUAACCUGAUUUAUUUGCAAGGAAAAUCAAGUUGUAAUGGUCAUCUGAGCAACCGAGUAGCUGUUGUUUGUGUUCUCAUUAGCUCCCAGUAGAUAAUGCUGGGUAAUGUCGCUGUACAAUUUUUUUGAACAUGAACAUCUGAUGCUGUCGUAACUAUCAUGGAUGGGAUAUAUUGGCUAUAUCUUACAUUUUUUGA